CAGGCUCCUCCCUCUUGCAUCAGCAGCCUUAUUUUGCUGUGUUCAAAACACUUCCCCAAGUAGCCUUCACCACAAGAAGCAGACACAGCCUUGCCCACAGCCCCACUUCAGACUCCAACACGCAUCUGAGAGCAAAGACACGGCCAGUCUCAGGGACUACUAGAGGCACCGUGCGCCCCUCGUCAUGCCCACCCCUCCCAACUUGGUCGACUCACCUCCCUCCUGGCAACUGGUGCUGCUCCUUGUCCUCUCAGGAGUCUCUGAGAGGAGCAAAGGGAAUGAGUGGCAGGUGCGGCAACCUGAGGGUCCCAUGCUGGUGGCAGAAGGUGAGACACUGCUACUGAGGUGUACGGUGAUCGGCUCCUGCAUUGAUGCCAUGAUUAAAUGGAUCAAGGUGAGCAAGCAGGACCAGCAGGAAAUUUAUAAUUUCAAACAUGGCUUCUUCCCUGGGGUGACAUCUGUGACCCAGCAGACGUUGGAGCCACUUAGUUGCGACUAUUCCAUCUAUAUUCAUAAUGUCACCAAGGAGCAGGAAGGAACCUACCACUGUGUGAGGUUUGAUGACCUGAGUGAGCCCUCAGAAAUGCAGCUGGAUGAAGGCACCUCAGUGCUUGUGAAGGGAGCUGGCAACCUAGAGUCAAACCUCCAGAUCAUCCAGCCCCAGGAGCUGGUGUUGGCAACCCCUGGAGACACUGUCUUCCUGAACUGCACAGUGCUUGGAGAUGGUCCUUCCGGGCCCAUCAGGUGGUUCCGGGGGUCUGGUCUGAGCCGUGAAGCCAUUUACAACUUUGAAGGCAUCUCCCAACCCAAUGUGACUGCGGUCCAGGCCUCCAGCAGCGAUUUCAGCAUUCUUUUGCAAGAUGUCUCUACGGAGUAUGCAGGCACCUACUACUGUGUAAAGUUUCAGAGGAAACUUAACAGGCAAUACCUGUCUGGACAGGGCACCAGGCUGAGGGUGAAAGCAAAGCCCACUUCUUCCCAAGAGGCAGAAGUCAUCCAUCAACAUGUAGCCAGGAGAUCUCUGUCAGGCCUCCUGUCUGUGUUCACAGCUGUGGUCCUGGGAAUGAAGACAGUGACCUUGGCUGCACUCCUGCUGGCCCUGGCUGCCUGUUGGAGACACGGUGGGCAAGAAAAUGUCAAAACCCCAGGCCCAGCAAAACUGUGCUCAUCUUAGCCUGGGGCCUGGGGCCUGGGGCAUGGAUGAGGGGUCAGCUCCAGAGUGGUGCUCUGAGUUGGAGAGGGGCCAGGACUCCCCACCAUUUCUCUGCCUCCAAUCCCAGUCUCCAGAUGUCCCCCAGGACUCACAAGAAACUCCAACAUCCCCACCCCUGGUUUCAGUUCACCUGGUGAAAUAGCCCACUUGGCCCUGGGCUCCCCUCGGGUGUGCUUUCCUCGCUCUUCUCAGCCUGUCCAGGCCCUCCUUGUCCUUCAAGGCCUUGCCCAGGUCUCCCUUCAAGGCUCUCGCUCCUGCUGCAGUCCCUGUGAAGUGCUCUCACCCUUCCUUCCCUGCUCCACAUUUUCACAACCUUCAACUCUAACUCAGAGACUUCCCAGAAGAUACCCCUCAGCAUUUCUCACCCAGCCACACUGCCUCCAUUUGUAUCCUUCUCUCCACUCUCCUGCCUUUUUUCUUCCUCACUGUGGCUAGCUUGGGUGGCUGCAAUAGUUGGAAUAUAGGGUUGGUAAGUUUGACGAAACUCAUAAAUAACAGUGGCUUAAACCAGAACAAAGUUGGUUUCUCUAGUAAUAUCUGAGCAUAAGCAGACCAGGCAAAACAGCCGCUUCCUGGUACUGAGACCAGGGAUUCCUUGGUCAUGUUGCUACCAGGUCCACCUCCCAGGCUGCAAGACCAGGGCAAAGGCAAUGGAGGGGAGCCUGGCACUCUCCUUCAAGGGCACAGCUAGGAAUUUGCCCACAUCAUCUCUAAUUGGCUGGAAGGUGUUACAUGGUCACACCUAGCGAUAAAGAAGGCUGAGAAAUACAGUCUUCAUUCUAGCAGCAAUAUCCGCAGCUGAAAAAUUUCACUAGAGAAAUAGAGGGUAAAUAUCAGUAUAUACUGUAACCCAAGCAUAUCAAAACCCAAGGCUAACAUGGGCCAAAUAAACAAGGUUUAAGUUGAUGUGGGCCGCAAAAAAACAAA